CAGUAGGAUUUGGAUAACGAAACGUAACACAUAAACUUUCAACCUCUCAAAGGUAUAACGUUUCCCAUGUAAUCCAAACCGCCAUGGCCACCCUCUUCUCACCACCACCCAUCUCCUCGUCCACCUCCGCCGCCGCUUCAACCACCGCCCCAUCCAAACCUUCUCUGUCUCCCAAAACCCUCCUUCCCAUUUCAUCCUCCAAGCCACCGCUCUCCGUCGCCAUAACCGCCGCCGCCGUUGCCACCGUACUCACGACCACUCCUCUUCCUUCCUUGGCUGAUUCCUCCGCCAACUACCAAGUCUACUACGGCACGGCCGCCAGCGCCGCCAACUACGGCGGUUACGGUGGAAACUCUAGCAAGAAAGACUCCGCCGAGUACGUUUACGACGUCCCUGAGGGCUGGAAAGAGCGCCUAGUCUCCAAGGUCGAGAAGGGAACGAACGGAACGGACAGCGAAUUCUUCAAUCCGAAGAAGAAAACAGAGAAAGAGUACCUCACUUUCCUUUCUGGAUUUCGCCAAUUAGCUCCGAAGGACACGGUUCUGAACAAUUUGGCGCUGUCGGACGUGGAUUUGCAGGAUCUGAUAGCGAAUGCGGACAGCUUGACGUCGGAGGAGAAGAAGGACGAGAACGGCCAGAUCUAUUACGUGUAUGAGAUCGACGGGGUUGGAACCCAUAGUUUGAUUUCUGUGACGUGUGCGAAGAACAAGCUUUAUGCCCAUUUCGUGAAUGCUCCUACGCCGGAGUGGAACAGAGACAAGGAGAUUCUGAGGCAUGUUCAUGAGUCUUUUAAGACUGUGGGAUCCUCCUGAUGUUGAGGUUGUCUCUGGUAAUGCAUGAUUUUUCUGUAUUAUCAACAUAUUGUUUAUGUCAUGCUUGGAAUUCUGCUAUGUUUUGGUUUCAAUCUGAUAUGGAAAUAUUGAAAUUAGCAUGGCCGCUGUUUAUGACAUUGUCCAUAUGAAAUUUAAGAGAAGUCUUAGCGGAUAAUUGUGGCUUCUGAGUUGAAAGAAACAUUUUCUUGUUUCUGACCAAGAAUGAAAUACUGCUCUGGCUGUAGCCUGAGAUUCCCA